AUGAAAGAUUGUCAGAUCGGGGCCAAGGAUCGCAAAAUCGCGUCCAAAGAUCGCCAACUUGAGCUCAAAGAUGAAGUCAUCAAGGGAAAGAACAAACUCAUCGAGGCCAAGGACAAACUCCUUCAGGCCAAGGACGAGCUCCUUCAGGCCAAGGACGAGCUUAUAGAGCUUUUGAAGGGUCCGAGCCCGAUAUGUAGUGACAGUGAUGGUGAGCAAGGCAGAGCAUCAUUCAAUCAUUCUGCGUCUCCAGCGCUAUGGCGAGCGCACGGCCUUUCGUUGAGCGUCUGCUGAGCAUUGACCUCUGUGUCAGAACAUUCGCAGGCGAGGACGAUGCUGGACCUUCGCCCUAG